AUGAAUUCCAUACGAUCUUGUGCAAGUACCGAGAUGAUUGUCGAUGCUGUGCAACCAACACAUCCGAGUUAUCCAACGGUUUCCUUGUGUCUUUUGUUCUUUUCCGAUUUAUCACAGACUGUCCUCUUUUCUGGCAAAUGGCCACCUACCUUAUGCAGUGUGCCCCGAACCACGCAAGCGCCGAGCAGUUGGGUCAUCUGGCAAAGACAAAGAGAGGAGCUUGUGUUCCUUUCAAAGCUCGUGAUAGCCCCAUCCAUCCCCAGGGCAUCAGCCUCCCCAUGGCCCAUGCCCAUGCCCCCCUUUCCCUUGGCAUCACCCGUCCCUGGCGACGCGUGCCUGGAGUUAUUGUUCCGGCCCUCCCAACGGCCAUUCAGUCACUUUGUCUCGGAAGGCAAGAUGGGAAGAUCGAUGGCCGGUGGCAAGUCCUUCAACAACUAA